GAGAUGUACCAGAGCCUGGCGCUGGCCCCGAGCCCCGGCCGGGCUGCCCGUGCGGAUGCGGGGGCCUUUCUGCACACGCCGGGCGCCGGCUCCCCGGUGUUCGUGCCGCCGGCGCGCGUCCCUUCCAUGCUGCCCUACCUGACGGCGUGUGAGCCGGGCCCGCAGGCCCCCGCGAUCGCCGCGCACCCGGGCUGGGCGCAGGCGGCCGCGGCGGACUCGUCAGCCUUCGGCCCCGGCGGCCCGCACGCGCCGGCCGCCCCGCUGCCGCCCGGGGCCACCGCCUUCCCGUUUGCGCACAGCCCCCCGGGGCCCGGCGGCGGCGGCGGCGCAGGGGCCCGGGACGGCGGCGCCUUCCAGGGCGCGGGGCUGGCUCGCGAGCAGUACCCGGCCCCGCUCGGGCGGCCCGUGGGCUCCUCUUACCCCGCCGCGUACCCGGCCUACCUGAGCACCGAGGUGGCCCCGUCUUGGGCCUCUGCACCCUUGGACGGCAGCGCCCUGCACGGCCUGCAGGGCCACCCGGCUGGCCUCCCGGGCCGCAGAGCCCCCUUCGCGGCUGACCUCCUGGAGGAGUUCCCGGGUGAGGGUCGCGAGUGUGUCAACUGCGGGGCCCUCUCCACGCCGUUGUGGCGCCGGGACGGCACCGGCCACUACCUGUGCAACGCCUGCGGCCUCUACCACAAGAUGAACGGCAUCAACCGGCCGCUCGUGCGGCCGCAGAAGCGCCUGUCCUCAUCCCGCCGGGCCGGCCUCUGCUGCACCAACUGCCACACCACCACCACCACGCUGUGGCGGCGCAACGCGGACGGCGAGCCGGUGUGCAACGCCUGCGGGCUCUACAUGAAGCUGCACGGGGUACCGCGGCCCCUGGCGAUGAAAAAGGAGAGCAUCCAGACGCGGAAGCGGAAGCCGAAGACCGUCGCCAAGACCAAGGGCUCCUCAGGGUCCGCGGGGAACACCACAGCCUCCCCGCCGGCCUCUGUCCCUGACCCAGAGGUCUCAGCGACCACUUUGAAACCGGAGCCCAGCCUGGCAUCCCCUUCCUGCCCCGGGCCCAGCAUCACCUCCCAGGCUUCCGCGCAGGUGGACGACCCCCUGGCCCCCAGCCACCUGGAGUUCAAGUUCGAGCCCGAGGACUUUGCCUUGCCUUCUGCAGACCUGGGCCCCCAGGCUGGCCUCGGCGGGGCCCUGCGCCAGGAGGCCUGGUGUGCGCUGGCCUUGGCCUAG